CUGAAACUCUUUCCAAUUCUGUCAAGCUUAAAAUCACAACUGUAUUUCCCAAAUCUAAAUUAAAAACCAGCCUACGCUACAAAUGUGUUUUUAGGUGGCGUGGCGUUGUACUCGAGGGGUUAAAUACGUAUCAAAGCGACAGACUGGUAAUAAUUUUGAUUGAUGCUCAGUUUGACGAGGUGUAGAAACGCAACGCUCCUCGGAGCGCGCCACUCGCUCUGCGUUAGGUUAAACCGCCCGUUCUACUGAUGGCAGACCAGCAGGUAGGUCGUGGCUGGAGACAAGAACACAGGGAGAGACGCGGCUUUCAAAUAGUUAAAUAUCGGACUCAGAACACCGCUCUCUAUUGCCAAGCGGGCUGGCGUAUGGCUAUGUGGGACAGUGCCGAUCGCUAGACCAUCCUUGCUGUCAGGUCGGACGAGAGAGACCGAGCAGGCAGCUCAGUCCAGCCUGCGUCUGAACAGAGCUGCUGGAUCCUGGUCGUUAAAGAGCAGCGGACCGCCGCUGUUUGUUUCUAGUAUACAUUUGUUCUUGGUUGCCGGAUGAUGAAUUCUUGUUGGUAGUGAUGCUGAGCGCCCCCUCUCCAACUCCACACCAGUGCAAGUGAACAGCUCGCCGCCUUCGCUCGGCGUUUGGUUACCUCUCGCUCAUCCUCCGCACCUUCAGAAAAGUUUCACCCGUGUGUGUGGGUCUGUGUGUGUGCGCAAAUUGUAUGCAUCUUUGCAAAAAGAAAACAAGAGAGAAGGAACCGCAACCGCUUCAACAGGCGACUUCGCACAUCGGGAAUUCUUAACAUCACCGUUCGCUGGUGCCUGGAGACACACUUUUACUGUUAAACUGGGAUUCUGUUUAUACUCUCCGAUUUUUUUUUGGUGCCUUCGUUGCUUCUCCGGUUCCGGAUCAAUUUCUAUUUUAUUUUGCAAAAUAUUUUCUCCAGUGACUGGGUCAGUUUCAAGACGAGAGCAUUUGAAGUUCUCUCCAAUGGCAUUGCCCGGUUAGUGCUUCUCCGUGUGAAAUGUGUGUUGGAUUAUAACCAGAUUCGCAUUUUUUUUUGUUGUCAACCCAUUAAAAUAUUUGUUUAAAAACACGGAGGGUGUGGGAGGUGUAUGUGACUUUUUUCCGGCCCGUUCGCUGGACAGAGGAUAAAAAAAGAUUCUGGAAGGUUUUUUUUCUCCUUCCCCCCCCCCCCCCCCCAAUCAAUUGGAUUGCAGAGAGGGGCGAGAGGGAAGGGAAUAUCGUGGAAGAGAAGGCAGAUCUACGCCUCCCCCGACCUUCCCUCUCCCGCCUCCACUUCCCGGAAUUAGACAGUGGCCGCAGAAUCGGAGGGAACCGCCGUUCCGAAAAUUAAGGAGGAUAACGUUCCAAAGGGAAGGCAAUGGAACUUAACCCAGCAAUCUUUCUCGUCUCGAUCUGGUGCCUUUAUUGCACGGUGGUUGUGACUGCAGAUUCCAUCAUUCAUAUAGGGGCGAUUUUUGAUGAAUCUGCCAAGAGGGACGAUGAAGUGUUUCGACUGGCUGUUACUGACCUUAACACAAAUGAAGACAUUCUUCAGACAGAAAAAAUUACAUUUUCUGUAACGUUUGUGGACAGCAAUAACCCCUUCCAGGUUGUGCAGGAAGCGUGUGACUUGAUGAACCAAGGUAUAUUGGCUCUUGUCAGCUCUGUUGGGUGUAUGUCCGCUGGUUCCCUCCAAUCCCUGUCGGAUGCUAUGCACAUCCCACACCUCUACAUACAAAGGACAACAUCUGGAUCACCAAGGAGUGGCUGUGGCCUCACCAGGACAAGCAGGAACGAGAACUACACCCUCUCUAUCCGUCCGCCCGUCUAUCUGAACGAAGUCAUCCUCAAGGUUAUCUCGGAGUUCGCCUGGCAGAAGUUCAUUAUUUUCUAUGACAGUGAUUAUGAUAUUCGUGGGAUUCAGGAUUUUCUGGACAAAGCCUCCCAGCAGGGAAUGGAUGUCGCUCUACAGAAGGUGGAAAGUAACAUCAAUAGGAUGAUCAGCACCAUGUUUGCCACAAUGCGCUUGGAAGAGAUGAAUCGGUACCGGGACACCCUACGCCGCGCUAUUCUCUUCCUGAGCCCACAGACUGCAAAGGCCUUUGUUUCUCAGGUCGUUGACUCCAAUCUAGUGGCUUUUGACUGUCACUGGAUCUUCAUAAAUGAGGAGAUGAGUGAUGCUGAUGUUGAGGAUUUGGUGAGACGGUCGAUUGGGAGGUUGACGAUAAUUCGGCAGACCUUUCCCUAUUCUUUAAACGGCACUCAAAGCUGUUUCCGUGGUAAGCACAGAAUCUCUCCAUUACUGUGUGAUCCCAAGGACCCCUACAAGCAGAACAUGGAGAUCACCAACCUCUACAUCUAUGACACCGUGGUCCUCCUGGCCCAUGCUUUUCACAAGAAGCUGGAGGACCGGAAGUGGCACAGUAUGGCCAGUUUGACCUGCAUCAGGAAAAACUCAAAGCCUUGGCAAGGAGGACACUCCAUGUUAGAGACCAUCAAGAAGGGUGGAGUCAAUGGAAUGACCGGCUUUCUGCAAUUUAAAGAUGACGGUGGAAAUCCAAAUGUGGAAUUUGAAAUUCUGGGGACAAAUUACGGAGAGGAUUUGGGGAGAGGGAUCCGUAAGCUUGGCACAUGGAACCCCGACUCUGGAUUGAAUGGAUCACUGACGGACAAAAAGCUGGAAAACAACAUGCGGGGUGUGAUGCUACGUGUUGUAACGCUACCAGAGGAACCUUUUGUUAUGGUAUCCGAAAACAUUCUUGGAAGAACGAAGAAAUAUUAUGGAUUCUCUAUCGAUGUCCUGGAUGCUUUGUCAAGUUACCUGGGCUUCAAGUAUGAAAUUUACGUGGCUCCUGAUCACAAGUUUGGCAGCCAGCAACCUGACGGAAACUGGAAUGGGCUGAUUGGAGAACUCGCCUUCAAGCGCGCAGACGUGGGAAUCUCAGCCUUGACCAUUACACCAGAGCGGGAGAGUGUUGUGGACUUCACCACCCGUUACAUGGACUACUCAGUGGGGUUCCUGCUGAAGAAGGCGGAGAAGACAGUCGACAUGUUUGCCUGCCUGGCACCAUUUGACUUCUCCCUCUGGGCAUGCAUUGCGGGCACGGUGAUACUAGUGGGUCUACUGGUGUACCUGCUGAACUGGCUGAACCCUCCCAGACUGCAGAUGGGUUCCGUCACAUCCACCACCUUGUACAACUCAAUGUGGUUUGUCUACGGCUCAUUUGUCCAGCAAGGUGGGGAGGUUCCUUACACCACCUUAGCCACUCGAAUGAUGAUGGGAGUUUGGUGGCUGUUUGCGCUGAUCGUCAUAUCCUCGUACACAGCAAACUUGGCGGCAUUCCUUACAAUUAACCGCAUUGAAAACUCCAUCCAGUCCCUGCAGGAUCUUUCAAAGCAAACAGACAUCCCAUACGGCACGGUGAUGGAGUCAGCUGUGUAUGAACAUGUCCGAGUGAAAGGAAUGAACCCCUUUGAGAGGGACAACAUGUACGCCCAGAUGUGGAGGAUGAUCAACAGGGGUAACGGGACAGAAACCUCGGUGAAAGACUCGCAGGAAGGCAUUCGCAGGGUGAAAGCUGGAAAUUAUGCCUUUGUGUGGGACGUGGCGGUGUUGGAAUACAUUGCCCUUAACAGCCCAGACUGUUCUUUGUUCACCGUUGGCAACACACUGGCAGAUCGAGGAUAUGGCAUCGCCCUCCAACACGGCAGCCCUUACAGAGAUAUCUUUUCCCAAAGGAUCCUGGAACUUCUGCAGCACGGAGACCUCGACAUCCUGAAGCACAAGUGGUGGCCAAAGACAGCCCAGUGUGACAUCUCGUCCCCGAACAGAGCCCAGCAGAAAGGCAGCGCCCUCGACCUGGCUAGCUUCGCUGGCGUCUUCUGCGUUCUGGCAGCCGGGAUAAUCCUGGCCUGCCUCAUAGCCAUCGUGGAGAACUGGUGGAACAGACGGAAGGGAUCCCGUGUCCCGUCCAAGGAGCCGUUUCUACACAGUGGGAUGGAGAACAAGGUCUACAAUUUGGACGAUAAAGAGAUUGACCUCGAGCACCUACACAGGCGAGUCAACAGCCUCUGUACAGAUGAUGACAGCCCCCACAAGCAGUUCUCCACCUCGUCCAUAGACCUGACCCCCCUGGAGGUCGACACCAUCCCGACGCGACAAGCUCUCGAACAGAUCAGCGACUUCAGAAACACGCACAUCACCACCACCACCUUCAUACCAGAGCAGAUCCAGACUAUAAGCCGCAGCCUCUCAGCUAAAGCCGCCUCAGGCUUUUCGUUCGGGCCAAUGCCCGACCACCGAACUGGCCCCUUCCGAAGCAGGGCACCCAACGGUGGCUUCUUCAGAAGUCCCAUUAAAACCAUGUCCUCCAUUCCCUACCAGCCAACUCCAUCAUCUGUGUACAACCUCAACAACGACCCUGAUCGGGGCACCUCUAUUUGAAUGUCAAAUUUCAAGUCCUUUUCCUUCCAACCAGGACUCAGUUUGUGAGACGAUAGAAUUCGUGGUAGGACUAACCUGAACAUACUUUCUCUUUUGUUUUUUUUAAAAAACAAGAAGCCAGGAUCUUAGUUACAGCUUUCCCAGAUAUAAUCGCAAUAACCAGCCUGUUUGAAGCAAGUGUGUUUAUUUCCGCUGCAUCUGGAUUCAAUGCUUUUGCUGGUGACAGUUUCAUGUGGUAUCCCAUUUUGGACCAAGAGCACGACUUGCUAUUAAAAGUAAUGAACAUUCAGGCCAUAAAUUCCAGAAUGCCACAUCUUAUAGGGUUGCUUAUAUAUGAAGCCAUCAUGUGCUUGUAGAGAUAUUUCUGGCAUAUCGUUUCAAAGAAGGAAAUAAACUUAACGUGUGUGUGAUCCUUGCAUAAUUUUUUUAGAAAGGGAGAAAGGUCCAGAGGUUGUACCAUAUGCAGAUGUUUUCUACUGUACAGUUUAGAUUAAAUCCAGUUUUCCCACGUGCCCAGGUCUGGCAAAGGUCAGUUGGUUCCUCUAUUCCAGGGAAUUAGUAAGUUCACUAUUGCCUGAUAGAAAUGUCAGCAUUUCCUUAUUGGGCAUAGCCUUUGUUCCCACUGCGGGAGGAAGCAAAAUGUCGAGGCUGAGUCUCUUGAUUCUUUGCAGCUGUAUAAUAGUGUUCCUGGGCAGCGAAUGACAAAUAUUAACUCUUUAGAUUAGUAACACACAUCUUGAUUUAAGUACUCACCGGAAUAUGGAAUUAUACUUUAGAAAUCUAAUUACGCUGUCAUGUAAGCUUUGUAAGAGUUACAUUUAAGUUCAUCCAAAAGUAAGAUCACUCUAAAAUUUUUAAGACGAAUUGAGCUGAAAUAUAAACUAACCAAAGUUAUAAUGUCAUUGAAGUUAAACUGGUAGCUAUCUGAAAUCUUACAGCACAGAAGGAGGCCAUUCAACCCAUUAUGUCGAUGCCACCUCUUUGAUCCAAAUCAUUCUAUUGCCCUAAUCUUUCUUGAAAGUAUUCUCAAAAUCCCUUUUGAAGAUUCCUUUUUGAAUGUGGCCUUAAUUCUGCUAACAGGGAGCAGACAGAAGUAGAGAACUUGUCUAGGGCAGCCUUCAGCUGACUGGUCAGAAGGUGUCCCAAAAGGAAAUGAUUGAAAUGGGACGUUAAUUGAAUCUUUAAACAAUUAGUUUAACUAAAAGGCUAAAAUUCACACACAAAAAUAUUCUUUCGUUAACUAGUUCUGAAGUUUAAGCUGCUACACAUGGGAGAAGGCACUGGAUCUUCUUGCAUUCUAUAAAUCGAAGUUAAACUGUAUUGGUUAAAAUACCAGCACAUCUUUAUGUGGAGGCUAGCCAGUCUACCUGCUUCAUGCACAUGGGAGCAUUACUUUUGUAUUAACUUGCAGCUUUAAGAAGUUGGGAAGCUCAUUAAGCAGUAGUCAAACCGUGACAUUAAUAUAUCUUGCAUCCAAGAUCAGAGACAAUGAACGACUACAGAAGCCAGUGACACUCUUUGUGAUUGGAUGUCUUUGGGAAACACGUUUGGUAAGAACUAGGGAUCAUCAGUGUUUGUUCUUUGGGAUUAAGCUUGCCUUCAGAGAUCCAAAAUACAGAAGCAUGCUCACUUGUGGAUUGAAUUAAGUUGGAUGGUGAAGGUGCUGGCAUUGACACAGAGAAGAUUCAUCAGAGAUACUCAGACCAUGCAGAUCGUAUAGAUAGCCAAUGUGCAGCUUUGAUUUGACACUAGCCAUGCUAUUUUGGACCUUAGUGCUCCGACCAAUCGCGUCUCUUAACUGCAUGGCUCAGCACCUGCAUUAACACCGUUUAUGGGGAUCAUCCGUCAAUAGGUUCCUCUUGAUUUCUGCUGUCUGUUGCUGUAAUUCCUCAAUAAAAUUGCAAGCUCUGCCUUUGCUUCAAGUUGCUGAAGGAGUGGUGUGGCAGGUAUUGAAACACGUCGCCCUGACUUCAAGGGCUCUGCACAAACCUGAGUGCAGUGGACACUCAUUCAGGGAGACAGCAAGACUGGUGGGAGCACAGAGCAGUAAAGCUUGAAGGAAGAGGUCAGAAGAAAGAAACUCAAAGAGAGGCUAUUUCCAUCUAGAGUGGCCACCGAGCAAUUAUCCCAUCUGGAUCUCAAAGCAACAUUGCUUCAUUAAGAUGUCAUCACAGUCACAGCUACCAACAUGGAGCAGGGCAAGGACCACAUUGCCAGUGGCUGUCAACGUGACUGUGACCAUGAACUUUUUUAUGCAUUUGAUUGCUUUCAGGUUGGAGCCAGAGGUAUUUAUAACAUCUCGGUUUGCAGCUAUAGUCACACAAGAGAGGUCACUGAGAGUCCCUAUUCAAACGGUUAUGAGUACAUUUCAUUCUCUCCUGCCCAAGGUCAGCACGUAGGUAAAGGACGCAGAGGCUUUGCAGGUUGCUUCAUGCAACAGGCUGUCAUUGACUGCAUGUGCAAUGUGCUGUGUCUCAACUCAGUCACAGCAAAAAGGAAUUCUACACCCUCAAUGUCCACACAGUGUGUGACCAUAAGCAGUGAACCAUGCAGGACACCCGAGUGUCCUGGAGCACACUUCAUUCUCUGCUAACUGCAAUUUUACCCAUGUGUAAGGACAACUUGGGAGACUGACUGAUGUGCAAACCAACCCUACAUGUGUAUCACACACACAGUGAAAACCAGAUCACGUGACAGAGCAGACAUUUGGUGCGCGAACGCUUCAUGCCCACCUCCUGGGCCAGUGCGUAUUUACAGAGCAGGAGCCAUGAUUCACCAUCAUCUUCCACAUGCUACGUGACCCUACAAACAGUGGGCACACGCACUCCAUCUUAGGAGAAAGUGGAGGGAGGGGAUUGCCUCGCUCCCAUCCUCUUUUUGCCCUAGUGUCCAUGAAGAAUUCACUGAUCCCAUUUCCCUAAACACCAGAAAACAUUGGGACAGGUACAUGGUUCAGAAAGGUUUAGAGGAAUUUGUGUGAAAUGUAGGCAAAUGGGACUCACUAAGAUGGUCAGCAUGGACGAGUUGGUCUGAAGGGCCUGUUUCCACACUCAAUGACUCUGACUCUAUGACACCACAUAAUAAGUAAUUCCUCAUAACGGUAAAAUCGUGUGCAUUCCCUUGGCACCUAUCUUCCAUGUUCCUUUGUCCUCCACAGUCUUCCCCCCGUGGCUGCUCCACAUUUGGUAGUAGACAGUGGAGAAGGCAGCAGAUGGCCUUGGAAGAUGAUCUCACAGAAGCUUGGGCUGAAAGACAUGGCUUGAUACUGCACCGUCUCACCACUGGCAAGAGCAGUAGCAGAGAGACAAGAUUGGGGCAACAAAUGAUGAGCAAAGUAUUUGCCAUGCCUCCAGUAGAUUGUUUCGGCGCUGCCUCAAUGUUCCCAAUGUCCGAGGACAGAUUGCUCCAAGCUCCUUUGAAAAUUGUAAUCCACAGUUAUGACAGCAGAGGUCCGAAGGCAGCAAGUAAUGCACCUUCAGUAACCAAAUGGCUGCUGCAGAAACUGCAACGGAAGCCACUCCAUCCAUGCAGGAAAACUCUGGCCCUGUACCAAGGUAGAACUGGACUCAUCAUUGCUUCUUGCCUUUCCUGCACACUUCUCAAUGCCCCAAGCACUUCAUUGUGCAGACCCAUCAGCCCUGACUAUGGAUAUUCUUGGGAACACUUUGAGUCCACUGGGAAUCUGGCACUUGGACUUUUCUGGUCCCUUGUUCUGGUCGUGGUGUCUGAUCCCAUGAAUUACCAUAGGGCCAGUAUCCGAACCGGUAGGCACAAGUGUAAAGUGGACAGUUGGCACGUCUCCAUCCUCCCUGGUCACUGCCCGCUGCCUGUAUAUCAGGAUGGAGAGAGGUGAAAGGCUACAAUGGUGUGGUGAGGCAGAGCAAGUAAGAGGCCUGUGCUCUCAGUAGCUUGCAAAUUAAUCAAGAGUGUAGUUUGACAGGGAGGUGGUUUGUGAGGAGGAGGGUUAGCUAUGAGGACAUGCUCGUUCCAGUUGUUUCACAAUGCUGUUGGUCACACCCAUUUGGUAAGAUGGUCGUUCUCCUGAUAAUCAUCAUUGUCUCCUCCUUGGGCUUGUUAAAACAUGUCGACACAUCAGUCCCUUUCCAUUCACCUCUGCGCUCUUCCUGCAAGACGGAGGAACGGUGUCAGUGAGGGUGGUGCAUGUUAAUGCAAGUGAGCUGUGAGGUGUUGGUGUGAGGACUGUGCUGGUGCAGACCAUGCAGGAAUAUGCAGUGGAGCAUCUGAAUGUUCUGCAAACUGAUUGGUGGUGAUUUUUAGUAGGUGUUUAAUGGAAUGUGAUGCAUUGAGCAGUGGUUUGGAGAAGUCAGUGGCCUAUGGAAGUUGGAGAUGCAUUCAUUUACCUUGAUCAAUUGUGUGAUAUUGGUGACUUUUUUUGUGCAUAGCACUGUAUACAAGUACUCUCUGUAGAUACCUGACACUGACUUCAGUUCUCACCGUCGAAUGAGUGCGUACCUGGGACCUCUGCCAACCCCCACCCCACCCACCUCCUGAUACAGGACAUCACUCUGGCAUUAUUCCUCCUCCAGGUCAGUAUCAGAACUGCAGUCUCCCACAGUUUUCCACUUAUCAAAUGAAUCCAAACUCUGAUUCACUUCCUGCAUCUUCCUCAGCCACAAUGUAUCUCCCCUUUAAGACAUGCAGUCUACCUUUAACUGGAGUGCCUGCCACCUGCCCCUUGGUUUAUGUCUUCAGCUAAUCAACAGUGAGGUUGAAACUACCUGGGCACUGUGGUCAAUCAAAUGACCACACAUCAAACAGUCGCUGUUCUACCUGAACUCUAAUCACCAGGUCCAGUUUAAUCCCAAUCCCAAUCCAAUUAAUCCCUCAGUAACUGUGUCAGAAACAAAUAAUUAUUGAGAUUCAUGGUGAGUUUUUCCUUAUCUUUAUUAAAAGAAUAACAUUUUUAAAAAAAAACAAAAUCAAAAAACGAGUAGAUAGAAAGCAGCAACAUUUUUUUCUGUGUUUGAUAACAAUUUUAGGUGUGCAUUAACUCGAAUUCUGUGAGAAACUGAGAUUUAAAAAAUGGCUCAUGGCUGUUUCUUCUGAAUUAUCUUGUUCAGCACAACUGAACAAACAUAAAAAUAUAUAUUUUGAUGCUAAUUCUUCUCUUUUAUCUGUUCUGAAAUAGCGUCCGAUAUAGUUAUAUUGCUGAUUUGUAUAAUACAAUGUCUACAGUGUCAGACAACACUCAUUUUUACCACGGGGAGACAGUUUAUAGAAGAACGCAAGUUGGUGGAAGCAUGCCCAACUCUCCUAAAACCUGUGACUCUCUUUCAUUUCAAAGUGUCGUUAUGGAUUUUCAGUUGGACGCAAUAUACAGGGACGCCAGAUUAUAAUAAUUUACUGGGUUAGUAAAGGAACCAUAGUUAACCAUGAACAAUAUUUAUAAGCCUAUUUUAAUGUAAGUGUCGCAUAUAAAGAACACUUCUUUUGGGUGGGGUGGUGGGAAGUAAGGGGGUGCAAAUGGCAAAGCUUUCUGUGUAUUAUUUGGCUAAUAAAAUUGUUUCUUUUUCUUA